AUGGUUGCCCUGAAAGCCUUAGCCUUCGGGCUUUUCCUCUCUCGGGUGCUUGCUGUGCCAACACCUGUGGAAAGCAGUACCUCGCCCUCAGAUACUCCGCCUACUGCGUCUCCCUCCACCCCAGAGGCCCAGGCCCAACUCGAACAGCUGUCGUCUAUCGCGUACAAUGUGAGCAGGUCGAAUCUUGAAACCGGCUCGCAGACGAAACGCAGCGGGGGCUGCAGCUUGUCAAAUCUCAGAGUGCGUCGUGAAUGGUCCACAUUUACGGCAAGGCAGAGGAAGAGUUAUAUCGAUGCUGUCCUUUGUCUGCAGAGCUUGCCCGCCAGGACGCCAUCCAGCAUUGCCGCGGGAGCAAAGACUCGCUAUGACGAUUUCGUCGCUGUCCAUAUCCAGCAGACCUUGACCAUCCACUAUACCGGCCACAUCGUUAGGUACUGGGAUUGGCCGCUUUCAGCAGUAAUUGGCCUGGAAAACCAUCCCCUUUUCGACGGCAGCGACACGUCCAUGUCUGGUAAUGGGGAGCCGAUCCCCAACAAGGGUGAUAUUUUUCUUCAUCUCGGAGAUCUACCCUCAAUCCGGCUGCCUUCGGGCACUGGUGGCGGAUGUGUCACUAGCGGUCCAUUCAAGAACUUCAAAGUGAACCUUGGCCCCGCUGCGCUCGUCCUCCCAGGCGACAGAACCGAAGCGGUUGCUAACCCACUGGACUACAACCCCCGCUGCUUGAAACGUGACCUCACAGAUGCCAUAGUUCGAAAGUUUGCCAACGCUACCGCUGUUGUGGAUUUGAUCCUCCGCAGGAAAACUAUUGAAAGUUUCCAGAUGAACAUGCAAGGUAUUCCUGGGAGCGGUUCCAUCGGUGUUCAUGGCGGCGGUCACUACGCCAUGGGUGGCGAUCCGGGCCGCGAUGUCUUUGUCUCACCCGGUGAUCCAGCCUUUUUCUUUCACCAUGCGAUGAUAGAUCGCGUGUGGUGGAUCUGGCAGAAUUUGGAUCUGAAGAAUCGUCAGAAUGCGAUCCACGGGACAGGCACAUUCUUGAACGAUCCCCCGUCCCCUGACACGACACUCGACACGAUGGUUGAUCUGGGGUAUGCGGGUGGCCCGACGCUUCCAAUGCGCGACCUGAUGAGUACGAUAAAUGGGCCCUUCUGCUAUGUGUAUUUGUAA